GGCGCCGAGACGGUGCGAGUGUCACGGGUCGUUGCCAUGUAGCGCCGUGUGUCAUGGACAAACUAUGAUCAACCAACCAUAUGUUGAGGGAAGUCCAGAUAAUAAAGACAUCCCGGAUGACGAUCCACAGAUGACUGCGCCUUGCGACCUCCAUCAACGAGCAACAUGAAUGUCACAGCAAACACUACGUUGCCGACUCCUCCUGAGUUAAGCUACUGUGGGCCGGGACUGGACCAUUUCCACGCCACCUACCGCGGAGUCCACGGCUACGUCAGUCUGCUAGUCUGUGUGUUUGGAUCCGUCGCUAAUGUUCUCAACAUUGCUGUACUGACCAGGAGAGAGAUGACGUCACCAACCAACGCCAUCUUGACCGGACUGGCUGUGGCUGAUCUGCUGGUUAUGAUAGAGUACAUUCCCUUCGCCUGUCACAUGUAUCUGCCCCAGCGGCCUAAGAGGGAGAGGUACUCCUAUGGCUGGGCCCUGUUCGUCCUACUGCACGCCCAGGUGUCGCAGGUGUUCCACACAAUCUCUAUCUGGCUGACAGUGACGUUGGCUGUGUGGAGAUACAUAGCCGUGGCACAUCCACAACGUAACAGAGAAUGGUGUGGCAUGCAGCGUACUCUGGCAGCCAUCGCGGCUGGCUACAUCUGCUGUCCACUGCUGUGUAUCCCGCUCUACCUGGCCUUCGAGAUCGAACCUAAGAUUGCGUUACUUGGCGAAGACGGCAACGACGCCAUGCCCAACUCGACGACAGGCCAGAACACAACGCUGUAUGUCGUGGACCUCAGCGAGAUGGGCAAAGCGAACAACAACCUCCUGAUGGACGUCAACUUCUGGGUGUACAGUGUUGUUAUCAAGAUAAUCCCUUGUAUAGCGCUGACCGUGCUGAGUCUGCGGCUGAUCUGCGCGCUGCUGGACACCAAGAGACGCAGAGAGAUGCUGACCAGUAGCAGCAGCAGGAAGUCUACCAGAGUCAUGGAGAAGGAGCGACAGACAGACAGAACCACCAAGAUGUUGCUGGCGGUGCUGCUGCUGUUCCUUCUCACUGAGUUCCCUCAGGGUAUCCUAGGAGUGCUCAGCGUCGUGCUGGGUCAACGCUUCUUCCGGGACUGCUACAACAAGCUGGGGGAAGUGAUGGAUAUCCUAGCCCUCAUCAACUCCGCCAUCAACUUCAUCCUGUACUGCGCCAUGAGUCGCCAGUUCAGGACAACGUUCACGGUGAUGUUCAGGCCUCGGUGGAUGCCAGUGCCACAGGUAGACGCCAACGGCCACAACAACCACACUACCACGCAGGUGACACAGGUCUAGCGGAGAGCCAGCAAGAGGGUCCCCUGCACUUCUCUCUAACCUCCCUCUUGCCUCUCCUUCCUUACAAGUGACCUUGCCAAGGUGGAUGCCGGUGCCGCAGGUAGACGCCAACGGCCACAACAACCACACUACCACGCAGGUGACACAGGUCUAGCGGAGAGCCAGCAAGAGGGUCCCCUGCACUUCUCUCUAACCUCCCUCUUGCCUCUCCUUCCUUACAAGUGACCUUGCCAAGGUGGAUGCCCGUGCCACAGGUAGACGCCAACGGCCACAACAACCACACUACCACGCAGGUGACACAGGUCUAGCGGAGAGCCAGCAAGAGGGUCCCCUGCACUUCUCUCUAACCUCCCUCUUGCCUCUCCUUCCUUACAAGUGACCUUGCCAAGGUGGAUGCCAGUGCCACAGGUAGACGCCAACGGCCACAACAACCACACUACCACGCAGGUGACACAGGUCUAGCGGAGAGCCAGCAAGAGGGUCCCCUGCACUUCUCUCUAACCUCCCUCUUGCCUCUCCUUCCUUACAAGUGACCUUGUCAAGGUGUCCCAGCUACGUCCCCAGACAUUGCUCAACUAUCUAGUGUCACGUUUGUUUUUACAACGGAUCGAGUCAAGAAAAAGGGCAUUGUCACAUUUAUCAUGAUAUGUAAACUAAUGAUGUAAAUCACUCAGCAUAUUUGUUCUAAUUGUUUACAUACCGGUACUUAAAAAUGUGUUUUAAAAGCCAGGUAUGUGAAGGAUACAACUGAUCUGAGCCUUGGUUUAUCUUUUACAUCGUGGAACUAGUUACGGACAACAAAGGUUUAGUAGGCGUGGCACAAAUGGACUAAAUUUAAGAUGCUUUUCUUACUCUCCAAACGUAUUAAUGUAUGUGCUAUGUACUUAUUUAAUUUGGAUAACAAUUUAAUAUCCUUGUAUUUACAUAUUUUACUCGUGUUGAUAAAAAACGUGUAGUUUUUAUAAAACUGUUAUGAAUACGAUGUAAUGUUUAUUUUAUGUCAUGCAAUUUCAGCGAAAUGCCUACCUAAGUUGUGAGCCCCCUGGGAAGGAAUUUCGCAAGUUAUAAUUGUUUUGACAUGAUGUAUAAACUGUACCAAAAAUCAAGAUGUAUAUUUUUCACUGUUACCUUGGAUGGAUUUCCAU